AGUUGCCUGUGAUUCUUCGUCGACGGCGGACGCGAAAAUCGGAGGAAAAACCAGAGGAAAAUCCCAAAAGAGAUUUUCCAGCUGAGGAGAAAACUGUCUUCGACGGCAGGCUGAAGUAUUGUCAUUGUGCGGUUAAGAACUGAUAGCGAAAGUGAGAGUGAGGGAGUGAAAGGAGACCAAACAAGUGCCGGAACGUGCUCGAGUGCCUCCAUCCUUGCGGUCUUUGGUUUUUGUGUCUCGAGCCCCUGCUCUCCACGUAUUUUCAUAUAUAUAUCGUAUACGCCGUGUUGACACGUCGGCGGUCGCCAGUUUUCGGUUUUUAUUUAUACCCUCUGUUUUACGUACUUUUUCCCGUGGUUAGCCGGGCCAAAAACUUUUCGCCCUUCCGCCCUUGUCUCAGGGCCCAACAAUAAUACUUAACGGCCAGUGUGAGAGUUCAAGUUUAACUGACUGCAAACCAACUUGAAAUUAAAUCAAUUUGCCAAAGCAUCUGGCGGCAGGGGGAGAACUCAACGGCUCCUUCCAUUUGCGAUGAGCAGAAUAUCGCAGGAGGCUUUCUGAGCGGCCAAGGGGUUUUUGGUCAGGCCAUCGAGUAAGGAGCUCAAUUCCGGCGGCGACGGAAAUGGCUGCUUAAGUGGUGCGCAUCCGAACCGGAACCACCGGCAGCAAGUCGAGCACACAACCACCACUCAACUCAUUAGCCGCCGAGCCGUAAAGAUGGCCAGCUUGAGCUGGAUGAGCACCACCAUGGCCACCAUCACCACGACACAGUUGCCGUUGGUCAGCACCACCACCAACUGGAGCCUGACCUCGCCGGUGACCACGAGCGUUGUGCUGGCGGACGACGAUGACAGGAGUGGCGGAAUUAUCCACAACCAGUUCGUGCAGAUCUUCUUCUACGUCCUGUACGCCACCGUCUUCGUCCUGGGAGUCUUUGGUAAUGUCCUGGUUUGCUAUGUGGUCCUGAGGAAUCGAGCCAUGCAGACGGUAACGAACAUAUUCAUCACGAACCUGGCCCUUUCGGACAUCCUGCUGUGUGUCCUGGCAGUGCCCUUCACCCCGCUCUACACGUUCAUGGGUCGCUGGGCCUUCGGCAGGAGCCUGUGCCACCUGGUGUCCUUCGCCCAGGGCUGCAGCAUCUACAUAUCCACGCUGACGCUCACCUCGAUCGCGAUCGAUCGGUACUUCGUGAUCAUCUACCCCUUCCAUCCGCGCAUGAAGCUCUCCACCUGCAUCGGCAUCAUAGUGAGCAUCUGGGUGAUAGCCCUGCUGGCCACCGUGCCCUACGGCAUGUACAUGAAGAUGACCAAUGAGCUGGUCAACGGGACGCAGGCUGCGAACGAGACCCUGGUGGAGGCCACCCUGAUGCUGAACGGCAGCUAUGUGGCCCAGGGAUCGGGAUCGGGCUUCAUCGAGCCGCCGGAUGCCACCUCGGCGGCCCAGGCCUACAUGCAGGUGAUGACGGCUGGUUCGGCGGGUCAGGAGUUGCCCUAUGUGCGGGUGUACUGCGAGGAGAACUGGCCGUCGGAGCAGUACAGAAAGGUGUUCGGGGCCAUUACCACCACGCUGCAGUUCGUGCUGCCAUUCUUCAUCAUCUCCAUUUGCUAUGUGUGGAUCUCGGUGAAGCUGAACCAGCGGGCCAGGGCCAAGCCGGGAUCGAAGUCCUCAAGGAGGGAGGAGGCGGAUAGGGAUCGCAAGAAGCGCACCAAUCGCAUGCUCAUCGCCAUGGUGGCCGUCUUCGGACUCAGCUGGCUGCCCAUCAACGUGGUCAACAUAUUCGAUGACUUUGAUGACAAGUCCAACGAGUGGCGCUUCUACAUCCUGUUCUUCUUCGUGGCCCACUCGAUUGCCAUGAGCUCCACCUGCUACAAUCCCUUCCUGUACGCCUGGCUGAACGAGAACUUUCGCAAGGAGUUCAAGCACGUGCUGCCCUGCUUCAAUCCCUCAAACAACAACAUCAUCAACAUCACCAGGGGCUAUAACCGGAGUGACCGGAACACCUGUGGCCCGCGUCUGCAUCAUGGCAAGGGGGAUGGCGGGCUGGGUAGCCUGGAUGUCGACGACCAGGACGAGAACGGAAUCACCCAGGAGACGUGUCUGCCCAAGGAGAAGCUGCUGAUCAUACCCAGGGAACCGACCUACGGCAAUGGCACCGGUGCCGUGUCGCCCAUCCUCAGUGGACGGGGCAUCAACGCGGCUCUGGUCCACGGCAGUGACCACCAGAUGCACCAGCUCCCGCCGUCCCACCAUCAGCAGGUGGAGCUGACGAGGCGGAUCCGGCGGCGGACGGACGAGACGGACGGAGAUUACCUAGACUCCGGCGACGAGCAGACCGUGGAGGUGCGCUUCAGCGAGACACCGUUCGUGAGCACGGACAACACCACUGGGAUCAGCAUCCUGGAGACGAGCACGAGUCACUGCCAGGACUCGGAUGUGAUGGUCGAGCUGGGCGAGGGAAUCGGAGCAGGCGGCGGGGGAGAGCUCGGGAGACGAUUCAACUGAGAUAGGAUAUUCGAAACGCAUUUCUAGGCAUCUUCGAGGACGGAGUUUUAUUGAAUUGUGCCAGUAAUUCAAGCCAAAAUAAUGCAGGGAAAUGUCAGCUAGAUCUCGGAAGUCCUUUUGUAAACCACACUCAACAUGGAGGAGUAGAAAAAUGCUGAUAAAUGGCAAACCAAGUGACAACGAUGUGGCAAGUGAUGGAGAAGGGGAGGUUGUCUAGCAAUUGGCUGAAACAGCUACACAAGUCAUUGAUAUCAGAUGUAUAUAUAUAUAUAUUCCUGUGUG